AUGAGCAAACAAGAAUUCUGGAAAUUAGCGGGAAAUACUUAUACCAAGACUGAAAAUAUGAAUGAAGACCUUUCUUUAAGCGUUAAUAUUACAAUCCCUAGAAAAAUGCACAAGACUUCAUGCUCCAAAUGUAAAAAUUCAAGAUCAUCUGCUGUCAUCAACUGUGCAAAUUGCAAAAAGGAAACACAUAUAGCUUGCUUGGAUGAAAAAGGUGUAGCAAGUUGCGAAUGCUGCGAAUUGCCUAAAAAACGAGGCAGAAAGCCUACAAGAAAUAAAGCAUUGGGAAAUGAAACACCAAAGAACACAAUAGAGCAUAAAGAUAUUUCUAAGUUUGCUGGGCUAUCAUUACAGGAAAUAGUUAACAAAUACUUGGACGAAGUAGCAGAUCUAGAUAAAAAUCAAUAUCUAGGUGAGGAUCAAGAAGAUCAAUGCACUAAAAAGCUCAAAAUUGAGGAUAGCAGUAAUGGCAGCUUAAAUGGUUUUAUCAAUGAUGGCUUUAGAAUUAAGCCACAAGGUAAGAAAAAAGAAAAAAGAACAACAAGAAGAGGAAGAAAAGCUACUCCUAGUUUUCCUGGCAAUGACAAAACAAUCAGAAGCUUAGACUGUCUCAAGAACUUUGCACACCUUUAUUUUUCAGCUGAGCAGGUUAAAAAAGAUUUAUCUGCACUGGUAGACUAUAAACUAUCUAUAUCAAAAGAUGAAAAUAUUAAUCGUAGUAUUUCAAAUGUCUGGAUAAAUGCUAAAAAAAUUCUUAAAAAUUACAAUGAAUUUCUGUGAAAUGCAUUAUAGGCUUUGCCUAUGAGUAGCCCAAUGGACUUAGGCAAGGGAUAUUCACUCCAGUCGGCUGUACAAGUGAAGAUUGGCUGAACCGACUGAAAAAUUGGUAAUUAUGCUGUAAGAGGCUUAUUUUUGAGCUCCCCUGCUUGCUAGACCAAUUGAAGAGAGAAGCUCUCCAUUCCUAAGCUCAUACCGGGCUAGUCAUAGCUAAAGUUUAUAGUUCAUAAGUGGAGUGAAAUCUUGAAAAAUACUGCAAGCUACCCAACAGUGCUUGGGGAAUGAAAUAAAACUAACUAUUCAACAAGAAAAUAUGAAAUUAUUCAGGAUUAUGAACCAGCUGAUGAUACUUAUAGUUUAAACUUAAAAUUUAUAUAGCUUCUCAUCCAUAUUCAUUAAAAUGGAGUAGCUAACUAGCCCGCCAUCUUAACUCCUGCAGCUGGCAUCCCACAGGGGGUGCGCAGGGACUUUGAGGAAGGGAGGAUAGCGUUUGGGGAAUGUGCAUUCGGCGGCUCGGUUUUUCUUGGUUUGGUAAAGCGCAAUGCCUUGUUAGUCGAUCACAAGCAUGGAAAUGGAUCCGGAAGUUGGAAAGGGGUCUCCCAGCAGAGUUAGUGGCGAUAGUCCGAGCCAAUCAAGGUUUUUCCCAACGUGAAGCCAGGGUUACUUCUUUGGCUUCAAGUUUCCAUUUUGGUCGAGGAUCGACCAAAAAGUUCAACUGUUUUAACAGUCGGUAACCUCCAUUAGCAUACGGCACGGCGGCGCAACUCUGCUAGGAUUGAAUGAAGGUCUCGUUUUCAAGCUAAGGAGUUGCCCUAAUAUGUCUAGGCAUUGCUUGCAGACCCUAUUUAGCAUCCCCUUUCAACUUUGAGCUACUCUCCUUCGAGAUAAAAUCCAAUCCUGAAAGUGUACUAGGGCUAGGCUUGUACAUUACCAGAAUUGCUUACAUUACCUAAUUUUUUUUCUAGUUAUCAAAACCUUGACAAAUAUAAAUAAAAAUAUGUUCGAGACUGCAUUGUCAGGAAGCAAUGCUCGGGCUGAGACAUCAUAUUUUAUUAUGAUGAUACUUAUAACACUUCUAUGAUCAUGACUGAGAAGAUUGGUGAAUGUGAUGGAAUUGGGUGUGAUACUAAGGCUACACUAGGCAUUUAUGACAUUGGCACAUGCAGAUGGCAGUCAACUAAUAAAGAUAGAGCAGAAAAUAUGGAAUGCUCUGAAAAAUGUAAAUGCGACGCAGAAACUUGCAAAAACAGGCAGAUCGCUAAUAGAGACUAUUUAUCCCUUGAAAAUGACCUAAAAGAGACCCCGACUUGAGGAUUUGAUAUACAAACCCGCUUAAAAAUAGUAUACCUCCUUGGAGACCCAAGCGAUAAAAACAUCAAAAUAUUUAUAAAUAAAGCCCUCCCAAAAGCCAUCAACUUAUUAGAGAAUAGCAAUUGAAAAAUAACUGAAGUGCUAAUUUCUAUAGGAAAAAAUGAAAAAAAUAUUUUUACUGAUAGUGAUAAACUAUAUGCAAAAAAAUUAUGAAAUGCUAUAGAAGCUCUAAGAAAAAUUGAUGAAAAAGCUAUUGAAAACAGUUUCAGAAUUCAUCCGAAAGGCACUGGAGCUCUUUGUUUAAGAGAAAAAGGAAUCGAAAAAGGAUCUCUAAUUCAUGAAUAUUUGGGUGAAAUAUUUACCUCUGCUAAAUGGUAUGAAAGACAGGACGUCAUUAAGCAAAUCAGGAAAGAAAAAAUUCAAGCUAAAGAAAUCUCAGGGUCAAUCCCAGAUUUUUAUAAUAUUUAUUUAGAGAGGCACAAAGAGGAUCCUGCUGGGUAUGAUAUUUUUAUGAUUGAUCCGAUGUUAAAAGGAAACUUCGCAAGCAGAUUAAGUCAUUCUUGUAAUCCUAACUGUGGAACUGUUACUAUGAUUUCUGGAGGAAAAUAUUCGGUAAUCCAUUAUUAAUUAUAGUUUUUAAGGCUUCUAACGCAAGCACUCACUAAGGGUAAGAGUGAAGUCGCUAGCAUUCUCACACCAAAAUGGCUGAGGCAUCCUAUAUAAGCAGUCUGCCAUCUGAUCAGCACAUUACCGCUCUCUAAACUCUGCUCCUGUGCAUAUUCCGCUAAUGUUUCCUUUCUUUGGAGUGCUGAGCAAUAAAAUUUUGAGCAUCCCAUCACCUUCUGACCAGGCUGUAAGGCUGUUCAUCUCUUGCUGUUACUCACCUAGCACUGCUAAAUUUUGAUUCCCUAUUUAAAUUGAACUCUAUUAAUACAAUAAACUCAGGAGAGGAAAAUUCGCUAAAUAUUUUUCCAAUAUGUCGCCAUUUUAUUAUAAUUGAGGAAAAUACACAGUUGGAAUGUAUGCGCUAAAGAAUAUCAGUUAUUUAGAUGAACUGACUUUUGACUACAAUUCAGUGACAGAAAGCAUUCUAGAGUCCAGAAAUAGUGUAUGCCUAUGCUGCAAUAUGAAAUGCAGGAGCUACUAUGUAAGUCUUGCAAAAACGUCUAUGAAUUCUAUAAGAUCUCAUAACUUUCUCCAAAGAGUUUCAAGGGUCUUGCAAUGUGUGGAUAGAAAUUUCGAUGAAGACUUAUCCAGUUUUGGUCAGGAUAGAACAAUUUUUCUUUAUUUAGAGUUAAAAUUUUUAUAGUGUAUGAUGGUUUAAUUUAAUUUAGAACAGAAUAGAAAAAAUUUGCUAUAAAAGCCAUAUAAAAAGUGCAGUAUUAGAUGGCUGCCCUGAAUGACUAAAAGUCUGAAUUGCUCUGGUAGCUCAAGAUAUUGAUACAGAAAUUAAAGAUUUACAGACAAAAAUGAUUGAAGAAGAUUACCAAUCAACUUUUGAGUCAAGGCUUCAGAAUUUAGUUAUAAGUGUCAGCAAGAUAAAAUAUAUACCCUUUUAUAAGAAUAGGAGCACUGAUACUAUCUGGAAUUUUUUCUAUAUUAUAUAAUGAAUAGGGAAUCGAAUAGUCAAUAGUAAAGCCUCUAUUUAUUAUAAAAGGAAUAUCUUAGCUCCCUCAUUCAAUAGCGAACACUAGUUUUGUCGGUCCAUUUUAUUUAAUCGGAGUGUUUUAUAUAGCCCAAGAUGAAUUUAUAGAUCAUCCUGAGCUAUAAUGUGAUUUUACUUGGAAACUUGGUCUUUGCAGAAAAAAACCAUAAAUAUUGAUCAAAUUCUUACUCCCCCCUUUAAAAUUGGGACUAAAAAUUUUGUCCAAUCAAUGUAAAAUUUUUUAUAAAAAAUAAAAAAAAAUUUUAAAAAAAAAAAUUUCAAAAACUUAUCGAAUUAGAUCAAUAAAUUUGUUUAAUAAGACGCUAUUUACUCUUUAUCCUUUAAAAAAAAGCAAGAUAUAACUAUAUUUACAUUAUUAGUUAAUAUGCCACUAUUAAUUGGUAUCAAAAUUAUUUACACAAAAAUUAUUAUUUUUAUUGAUAAAAAAAAUUAAAAAAAAAAAAUUGUGGAAAAUUUAUCGAUCAAAGUGCUAAUUUUGUUUAAAUAAGAUGUUAUGUAUACUCUAUUCUUUAAAAUAAAGCAAGAAAUAAGUAAAUUUUGAAAUUAUAUAAAGAAUUCCGAUUGAAUUUAUAUCAAAACUAUCCAAAUAAAAAAUAUUAUUUUUAUCAAAAAAAAACAAAAAUUUUUUUUGAAAAUUUUUAAAAAAAAAAAAAUUAAUGUUUUUUUAAAAUUUACCAAUUAAGGAUAAUAAAUUUAUUUAAAUAGAAGCUCUUUAUAUUUUUUCUUUAAAAAAGAGCAAGAUAUAAAUAAAUUUUUAAUUUUAGUUAAGAAGAAACAUUAAACUUAUAUCAAAACUUUUUAGAUAAAAAUUAUAUAUAAUUUUUUAUUAUAAAAUUAAAUUUUGUUCCAAAUUUAAAGGGGGUUAAUUUACCAAAAAAGUGGAAAUUUUACCGAUAUUUUGUUCCAAUUUAAGGGGGGGGGGAGUUAGAGAAAAGUCGCAUAUUAAAACAUUCUGACCAAUAAGUAUGCAAUAAUUUUGUUCGCUAUUAAUUUGUUUAUAAUUUAUAAAUUCAAUAUUUCAUAAUAAAUUUUUGCUUAAGUAAAACAGAAAGCUACAUGCCACCUUUAAAAAUGCUAACCCAGCCUUUUAAAUUAGAACUAGAAUCUGUCCAAAUUAAAGGGUUUAAUAUUUUUUGUUGAAAAGAUAACAUCCAUAUAAGUUUAUAAAAAUUAAUUAAUAAAUGCAUCGACUUAAAAUGCUAACUUUGCUAAAAGUACUCUAUUUAUCUCCACUUUAAAUAAAACAAGCUAAAGGUUAAUUUAUUUUUGAGAUAUUAAAUUGGCUAUAAAACCUUUAAAUUAAACGCUAUUCUUUCAAUCUUAAAACUUAAGGCAUUGAUCCAAUAUAAAGGGUGUUUAAUUUACCCAAAAAAUCUAUAUUUUUUCCAAUAUAAAAGAGAGGAGUAAAUGAGCAAGAAGCUUUCAACUAUUUGUGAGGGGAUGAAGAAUUUUCAGUAAGAAGUCAAUUGCUAAGUUAUCGCUGGUGUAAAAAUUCACCUAUCGAUAAAGCUUUAAGGAAGAAAUGUCUAAACUUAGAUCAAGCUAGACGUCAUUUAUUGAAAAUCAGGGACAUUCUGAGGAGUAAAGACAAAAAUCAAAGAGUAUGGAAAAACACAGGCAUUGCUGAUAUGCUACAUUUAAUAGCAUACACACAGCUUUUUUUUACAAUAAAUGAAUACCCAGAAUAUCAUUCUGAAGACUUUACAGUUUCUCUUUGUGAAGUAUCUAACUCACGCUUUAACCUAGUACAAAAUAUCAGCAAAAUUUCCAUUUUUUAGAAAAUCAACCCUUUUAAAUUGGAAGAAAAAUUUUAAUUUUUUAGAUAAAAAUAAUAAUUUAUACAUAACUUUGAUACCAAUUGAUGCAAAAAUAAAAAUUAGAAUGCUAUUAAAAUAGUUAGAACGCUGAAUCGCUAAAUUUUUAUAAUGAAAAAUCAAAAAAUAGUUCGGUUAAAUUAACAGAUUUUUUAGUUUCAAUUUCAUUUAAGCGAGUAAAGAAGUAAUGGACUCUGCGCCUUUAAAUGAGAAAUAUCAUAGAACUUACUCUUCUACAUACAUUUUAGAAGUCUUAUUUGGCUGGUAUAAACAAAAAAUUGGGGAGAAAAAUAACGCUUUCACAAAAGAAAUGAAAGGAACACUAUGUCUUUCUUCCAUUUCUAGAGCUAUCGAGUCAGAAUAUUCAGAAACAGCUCGUAAGAACUUAUGGAGUCAUAUAGAAAAAAAACCUUUUUCAUCGUGAAAAAAUAUUAAAAGCGAGAGUCAUCCUUGGACAAAGAGUUUCAACAAUAAAAUUCUUGGCUCUCCAAUGUUUGACUCCUUUUAUUCACAAACAAAUGCAUUGAAAGAGUGUGUGGACUCAAUUGAUCUGCCUGCCAAAAAAUGCGAGAUACCUGACUAUGCUAAUAUUUAA